AGCACAAGUCUCAAACAAAUUCAGAAGCUGCAGACAAACCCCGUUCGAGAAAAAUAUAAUAAAAUUAAAAAAGUGAUAGCCACAGAGGUAAAACCCUACAGUAAUGCCGCACUUUGACCCCAGUGGCCAAACGUACCGCCGGCGGAUUUUCCUUCGUCGGAACCUCGAUCUGGGUCACCACCAUGCCGGUGACUUUUCGGAGGAGGAGGAGGAUCCCCGACAACGGGGCAUCCUGCGGAGCACCAGCUGCCGGCGAUAUCGCGAGCGACUUCGCUCCAGCCGCCAGUCGCAGCUCCUGCAAGGACUUGCCAUCCUGGCGACGGUGGUCGUAGUCAUUGUCCUGAUGCUCUUACUCGGCGUGAAGAUGUCCAGCGAGCAGAUGGAUUUGCCCACACCUCAAGAGGAAGGCCUCUGGAUGGGCGCCCUUAGACUGAUGGGAUUGGAGCAGGAUGAUAAUCUGGCAGGAGAAUCGUAUGGGCAACAAAAUGACGGGUUCUGCAGUCCGCAGGCUCUGGAUUUGCGACGGAUCUUUCGGCACAUGGGCAGGGUGGUCCUUAACCAGGAGCAGGCGUUGGCCCGCAUGGAAAGGGCGUUGGGCGGCUCGGGGCUUUUCCGAUCGGUGGCUCUGCUGGGACCGCCGGGAGUGGGAAAAACGCUGGCGGCCAAUGCCCUGCGACACGCAUUUCCCUGGCCGGAAAAUGCCCACUCGUACUCCUGGAGCACCCAAGUGCCCGAUGAGGCGAACAAGUUCCGACUGGUGAGGCAGUUCGUCGACGGCCUGUCCGAUUGCGGGGUGAAUCUGCUGAUCAUCGACAACCUGGCGACCUGCGACCACGGACUGGUGCCCAUCUACAAUCGACUGAUACUGGACCGCGAGGGCGAUCCGAAGCGGAAUCAAACGGUCCUGGUCGUCUACGUUUUCAAUCUGGAUUCGCAUCAGUACUGGGAGCAGUUCGAGUUGCUCCAGGAACUUCCGGCGGAGACGACCAUCGUGAACUUUCGCUUCUUCAAUCGCGAUGAUCUGCAGGAUUGCCUGGCCAGUGAGUUGAAGAGGGAGCAGCGGUCACUCAGCAGGGAAAAGGAGUCUCUGGUACUCCAGGAAGCCAUGGAGAGCAUCCAAGCCUCGGGAUGCAAAAGCCUGCGCCUGCUGAUAAUGCAGAACGGAGCCAAAUCAUAAAGUUAAUAUCGUGUGUGUACCGGUAACCCCUCAUCUCAAUCUUUCUCCUUUGGCAACGUUUCAAAAUGUAAUUUCUUGUGUUCAUUCGUAGUAACUUGUUAUGGAUUUUAUGGCUUCAUUCUGAAGAGAAAUGAAUAAUUUAUAAAAUUAUGUUUGGGUCUAGCCUUAAGUAAAGAAACAAAUUAAAAAUA